CUUUACUUCUCAACGGUCACUUUUAGUGUCUUUUACUGAUGGUAUAAAAAAUGCUUUGGAGUGGAAAAAAGGAUUAUUCAUACUAUCAAGAUCAAGAACCAUUCAAUAUAUCAUAAUCAAAUCCUUUUUUGUCAAUGGUAUUCUUUGGUUUGGAAGUUUAUUACUUUUAGAUUAUUUCUUUAGUGAGCCAAAUCCUCAACAUAUUUUUGGUGAUACUUUCAAAGUUAUUAUUGGUUAUUCAUUCUAUCUUUUUUUCUUAUGGAUCAACGGUAGCCUAUUUGAUCAAAUGGCUAAACAAACUACACAACUACAACGCACUGGAACAAGUAGUUUAUAUGCAUCCAAUUUUUAUACGCGACCUCUUGAUUUAUAUCAACCGACCAUGGCUGCUACGUUGAAACUAUUUGUCUUUUAUGGGAAUUGUACUUUACUUGUUAAUCUAUUACGCCGUAUUCCAUAUAUUGGUGUUAUUCUUGGAUUUAUGAUGAAUAGUAUCGUGAUGGCUUACUAUAGUUUUGAAUAUAAAUGGAUUGAAUUGGGAUGGACUCAGGAACAUCGUUUAUCAUUUGUUGAACAGCAUUGGGCUUAUUUUCUUGGUUUUGGUAUUCCAGCUUCUUUAUUUACGUUCUUCUUGUCCAGUUUACGUUCUGGUGCUAUGUUUGCAUUCACUUUCCCUAUUUUUAUUAUGAUGGCAAGUAUAGCUACAACGACACCUUCAAUGAAUGACAAUCAAUAUCAGUAUAACCACAAAAGAAUACCAAUCCUAUUUGGUCUUAGGGCAUUGAACAAACUGGCAUUAUCUAUAAUUCAAGUGACUCAUAUUAAAUUAUUUGAUCGUUUGAUGGAUCAAAGUAAGAAGGAUAGUUUAGGGAAAUUAGUAUAGAAACUAGAUUUAAAUAUAUAUUUAAAUAAAGAAAAAAAGAGAAACGCUUAUUAUAGAGGUAAAA